AGUUCAGUUGCAACUCAUCGAGAGUCGGAUACAGUUCUAAUCGGAUUAUCGGAAAUCAUUUUCAACAUUAUAAAAUAAAAUUAAAGCUGACUCAAAAGUGAACAAUAAAAUACAGUUUUUAAGGAUAACAAAUUAAUAAUUUAAUUAUCAAAAUAAUGUUAUUUAAAUAAUGUUUUCUGUAUAAAAAAUCGCGUGCGUCGACGUGGCGUAUACUUGUUUUGGCAUUACCUUUAACUUGAAAGUUUGAAGUGUGAUCUUGAUUAAGCAAAAUAAGCAAAUGUAUAUAAAAACUAGUUAUCAUUACACAUGAUUCCGUUUCAUAUGGCAACUGAAUUGCCACUGAACUUGAACUUGCAAUCAGCCAAUUAAAGCUGAACUCGAUUGUGCUAACAUUACCUGAAUAAAAUUAAGCUAAUAAUAUGUUAGGAAAAUACAUUGUCCUCAUCUGGAUUUUGUUGCAUUCAAAUUUCGCUUACUCGGAUAUAUUAAAAUAUAAUUCGAGCAUCCUUGAAGAUGCGCAUCUCACAACGCCUGGUCUCAUCAAAAAGCAUGGCUACAAGGUGGAAACCCAUAAGAUUGAGACCAAGGAUGGCUAUCUGCUCGGCAUACACCGCAUUCCCAAGCCAGGAGCGCAGCCCGUUCUCAUGGUGCAUGGCCUGGGUGACAGUUCUGCCACCUGGGUGCUAAGUGGACCCCGCUCUGCUCUUGGCUAUCUGCUGAGUGAUCGUGGCUACGAUAUUUGGCUGAUGAAUAUACGUGGCAAUCGAUAUUCGCGAAAACAUCGCAAAUAUAUUCCGCUGAAUCGAGAAUUUUGGGACUUUUCAUUUCACGAGAACGGCUUCUAUGACAUUCCAGCUGUGAUCGAUUACAUUCUGAAACGCAAUGAGGAACACACACAGGUGCAUUAUAUCGGCCACUCGCAGGGCACAACGGCUGCCUUUGCUAUGGGCGCCGAGAGACCCGAAUACAUGAAGAAGAUUAAGUUGCUGACGGCACUCGCUCCAGUGGCUUAUUUCCGAAAUCUUCGCACACCUGCCACGGAUUUUCUCAAGAUUCAUGCCCAAACACUUAUCAACCUUGUACGUCUUUUUGGCAUUUUUGAAUUUCCACCAGAGCGCGAAGUUUGGAAUCGUUUGACCUAUCAAAUUUGCAGUUUUGCAUUUCGCAACACCUGCCAAUAUAUUAUGAUGCUGGUGAUGGGCAUGGAUAGUUCCCAGUUUAAUGAGACACUCAUUCCAAUACUUACCAGCCAUUACUUGGCGGGUUCAUCGGUGAAGGCUCUCGAACACUACUACCAGCUUUUGCUAACCGGCGGCUUUUAUAAGCUUAAUUAUUUGAAUCCUACGGUCAACAUUAGAAAAUAUGGCACAAAAUAUCCUCCCGAAUAUAAGGUAGAAAAUAUCGAUUGUAAAGUUGCCUUAUAUUAUAGUAGAAAUGAUCGAUUAACAUCCCAUAAGGAUGUGCAAAACUUACGCAAGAAACUGCCAAAUGUUGUACACGAUGAAUUGUUGGCCUAUUCAAAAUUUAGUCAUUUAGAUUUCUUAGUUGCCAUCGACGUUCAAAAAUUGCUCUACGACAGCGUGUUACGGGUAAUGCAAAAGGUCGACAGGGGCGAACUUUAGUUAAUCUGAAAAAAAUAAGAAUUUAUCGAUAUAUAUAUAUAUAUAUAUAUAUAAAGGAAACCUUCAAUUAAGUUGUUUAAAAUAUAGUUUGAAUGGAAGUUAUUUUAGUUUUAAUUUCCGGGCCAUGAUUAAUUUACUCUAAGUUAUUACGAAACAGUUUAUUUAAUUCAUAAGACAUGUUAAAGAUAUUAGAGAUUUAAACGUAUAUCUGCUGAUUCUAUAGUUAUUUUGUUUUUAAAGGUUAUGCCUUAUUUUAAAAAUUUAAUGAAAUUUCACACAUAUGAAAAUUAUAUUGAACUUGACUGAAUAGUGCAUCAAAUACAAUAUACUAAAGAUAAUUGACAAAUUAGUGGAAUAAUUAAAUUAAAGUGUGUCAAAAUAAUGUGAUUUAAAUACUAAUUGUUUCUGUGGCAACAUUAGCUAAUAGCAUACAUGAAGUGUAACAACGUGGCGUAUACUUGUUUCGGUGUGAAUUUAAAGAUUUAACAAAUAUACGUUGCGUUUAAUAAAAAAUGUAAUAAUUGUAAAUUGCAGUAUUUAUAAAACUUAAAUUUAAGUUUUUUAAACAUAUUUUUUAAAAUUAAUUUAAUAACAGUUAUAGAUUGUGAUAAAUAAAAAU